CUCUCUUCCUCUUCCGUCCUUCCUUCUCCCGUGGAAGCGAUAGAAGUGUUUUGCUCCCUAAGCAGCAGUGUACGCUGAGCUGGCACCGGAAUGAGGGAUGAACUGAGCAGGAUUCGGUCUCUUCCUCCCACCGCCGCGGUAGCCGCGGGCAGAGCAGUGCAUUGUGGAGGCUGAGCGCGCCGCUGCUGCUGGAGCUGCUGUCCCGGGAUCGCGCGGCGGGGAGCUGUCCGAGGUGCUGACCGUCCCUGCCGGCGCCCUGCGCGCCCAUCUGCUCCCAUCAGACCCCUCCAAGUUCUGGCCUUUCUCCCUCCCCUCCGUCUGCCUGCCUGUCCUCCUCACCUAGGGACGUAGCGGCUGGAGGAAAUCAUGGUGUUCGCUCCAGGUGAGAAACCUGGCAGUGAGCCUGAAGAGGUGAAGCUGCAGAAAGCCAGCAAACAGAUUGUGCAGAAUGCCAUCCUGCAAGCUGUGCAGCAAGUCUCCCAGGAGAGCCGGCAGAACGGGGAGAGAGCCCGAGACAGCCAGGGCAUCCUCCAGCUGGGCGUCGGGGAAUUAACCAAGAAGCAUGAAAAGAAGUAACACAGUAGAUUUGGCUCUUGUCACCUGCUUGGUUUCCAGCCUUCCUCUUAGUAUAGGAUGCGUUGCCAAAAUGUUGCCAGUAAAGCAAACCGGAGUGUCACCGGCACCUAGCAGUAGAAUGAAUUCACACUAGCCCUUGGCUGAGAUGCACUGUUUUGAAAAAGUGCAUUAGACGAUUCUGUUUGUAUUAAUGCAGUGCCUCUGAAACAGAGUGGGGCCAAACAGGACACUGUAAUUGCAAAAGUAGUUUUGCAGCACCGUUUAUUUUUAAGGUUCUUUUUUCCCCUAAAGAUUCUGUCUUGUUUAUUUACUUUUGCUUUUUUACGCACCUUUCUGUGAGUUUAAUCAGCAAUCCUUUUGGCUGAAAUACUGAGUGCGGUACUGUGUUCUUUAUAAUAUUUUAAAAAGACACACCGGAAAGGUGAAGGAAUGGAGUUUGUCAACUUCAAAUAUGGAAUUGAAGGCUCCGCUGGGUUCAGGUCCAAGAUCAAAUUGAGCAAAGGCAAAUUCUAAGACUCAGUUCCUUAGGAUCUUACAAGGCAUAUAUUUAUAUUAAUUUUUAAAAAGGAGGAGUUUAACUUUUUAAGAACUUAGUUUUUUUGGUCUCAGUUCUCUCCAAGGUUUGAUAGCUGGUCUUUACUUUCUGUGCAGAAAUCCUUUGGAAAUAGGAAUUUCUUUUUCCAUCUCAAAUUAAAGUAAGACAAGUGAUAGAUCUAUAUGCAUGAGUUGCCAAUGACUCUGUUUUUAGCAGCCCCAUGAAGAACAACUAGACCCAUAGAUUCCACCCUGGGGAUACACUAGGGUCUGAUUAUGGGGUGCAGUGUCCGUGGAAGGAGCUGUGGGGCUUUGCAAAUACUAUGCUGUCAUCAGGCUAUGUCUUCGCACUAUACCUUACUAAUACUAAUAGGAACUUUUCUUUUCCCAUCCACAACUUAAAAUUAUAUUUUUGAGAUUUUGAAAAUCAUACAUAUCAGGAAUAAAUAACACUGAAAAUGGGAAAACCAUUUUUUUUAACUCUCUGAAGCAUGAAAAUAGAGUGGGAACAAUAAAGUAACAGUGUUUUGAACAAUGCAGUUAUGGGGACAUAUGUGCAUAUGAAAAAAGACAUCAUUAUUGCAAUAGUAUGACUUCUGCUCCACUCCCAUGUGGAUAAUGCACAUCUUUCUAGAGUCAUUAGAAUCCCAUAGUCUGGGUUUCAUAACAGUCAUUGAGUUGCUGCUACUGAAAACAGAAAGAAUUUGGCCUUUAGUAAAAACGCUUUGGCUUCAGAACAUCAAUGUCUACAUUUGAUAGUUUUUUUUAGAAGCCAGUAUCAGCAUAUAUGGUAUGGCUGAUAUUAAGAUACACUUCUAGAAUUCCAGUAUGUUACACUUCCCAGAAUGGAUAAAACACUCUUAUCAGCUUUGUUAGACUGUCUCACAUGAGGCGCAGCUGGAAUAAAUUCACAGAAGAAUGGCUAUGAGAGGGGCAGAGGGAGUUAAAAUUUAAAUGUGAUUUAUUUAUAAAUAUUUUUUAGCAGAACUCAUGACCAUUGAAGAAUGAGUUUAAGUUGAUUGGAAGUCAUAUAACUGAUAUGAUGUGAUUGCACAGUAUGUAGAUAAUGGGAAUGAAAGUAUUAAGGGAACUUAUUCAGAAGGAUCUACUAUAAAUAUAAACCCAAUGCUUGUAGUUUGCAAGUAAUCUAGCACCAUGUGUAUUAAGAUGUCUGGUUAUAACCAGUCCUGGACCUUGCUGUCAUAUCAUGUGGUGGAAAUAUAUAAAUGUGCUAUCUUUCUUCUCUGGUGUGUCUGUUCUAAUUCAUUGGGGAUCUU